UUUCCAAUAACAAACAAUCAUUUUAUCUAUAAUUCAAUUUUACCAUUUUCUGAAUUUACAAGAAAAGCUACUAUGUUUAAAAAAAUGAUCAAGACAAUGAGGCUACAAAGAGCGGUUAGUUCUGAAACAUCGGUGUGUCUUCGGGAAGAUCUCUUGUGUAAGGUAGCUGAUGCAACAAAAGAUGGUAUGGACAAAGUAACUGUGGUUGGAGCUGGUACUGUGGGAAUUUCGUGUGCUAAUGCAAUUCUCUUCCAGAAAAUUAGUAGUCAUGUCGCUAUUGUGGAUGCUUUUCCAAAAAAAUUAGAAGGUGAAGGAUUGGAUUACUGCCAUGGUAGUGUUUUUAUUGGUGAUCCCAAUAUUGAAUACGAUACAGAUUUCUGUAUAUCAAGAAAUUCAAAAGUUGUCAUUGUCGCAGCUGGCGCACGUCAAAAAAAAGAUGAAAGUCGUCUAGAUUUGGUUCAUAAAAACGUAGAAAUCAUAAAGAAUAUUAUCCCUCCUUUGAUAGAGAAUAGUCCAAAUGCUACAUUCGUCAUAGUAUCUAAUCCAGUUGACAUUUUAUCAUGGGUCGCAUGGAAAAUGAGUGAUUUGCCUGUUAAUAGAAUCAUUGGUGUAGGUUGUCAUUUAGAUACAGCUAGAUUUCGUUAUUUAAUAAGUCAAAGACUUGGAAUAUCAUCAAAAUCAGUCCACGGGUUCAUUAUCGGUGAACAUGGAGACAGUCAGGUACCGCUAUGGUCUGGAGUUAAUGUUGCUGGAGUGCUUUUUCGUGAUAUUCUGCCAGAUAUUGGACUAGACAUGGAUGAACAAGGGUGGAAUCAUCUGAUAAACGAUCUAAUAAGAGCGGGUUCAACUGUACGAUGUUUAAAAGGAUAUUCGAAUACUGCAGUUGGUUUAGCAGCAGCUGAUAUAACCAAAGCUAUUUUGAGGAACAGGCAAACUGUGAAGUCAGUUUCUACAUUAGCACAAGGUCACUAUGACAUUUGCCACGAGAUGUUUCUUUCUCUUCCUUGUACUGUAGGAGACAAUGGCAUAACGCAAGUGAUCCGAAUGCGAAUGACUGAGCAUGAAAAGAAACUAUUGCAGAAAUCAGCUAGUAUUCUUUAUGAUAUUCAAAAAAAUAUUAAAAUAACAUAGCUCUGUAAAAUGUUAGGUAAAAAAAGAAUAAAAUAUAGCCAAAAAA